CGUCCCGCAGCUGGGAGGCCACCGGAGCGGAGCGGAGCCGCAGGACUGGCCCGGCGAGCAGAGCAUGGCCCGAGCGGCGAGCGUCUGUCUGCUGCUGGGGGUGCUCUGGCCCGUGGCCGCGAUCGACAUCUACAGCCCGAGGACCCUGGACGUUCUGAACGGGACCGACGUGCGCUUGAAGUGCACCUUCCACAGCCGUGUCCUUCCUGGGGAGCAGGUGACGGUGACCUGGAACUUCCGCCCCCACUCGGGUGGCCCAGACCAGACUGUGUUCUACUACCACGGGCAGCCUUACCCUGCAACCACGGGCCGCUUCGCUGGCCGAGUGACGUGGGACGGCAGCAUCCAGAAGAGCGACGCCUCCCUCAUGCUCUGGAACGUGAACCCGGCCGACAACGGCACUUUCCAGUGCCAGGUGAAGAACCCGCCCGACGUGGAUGGGAACAUCGGUGAGAUCCAGCUGGCGGUGGUGCUGAAAGUGACCCUCUCGGAGAUCCACAUCUUGGCCCUCACCAUCGGCUCUGCCUGCGUGCUCAUGAUCGCCCUCGUGGUGGCGGUGGUCGUCUGCCGGCAGCAGCGGAGAAAGCGGCAGGAGAAGAAAAUGGAGAUGGUGGAGACGGAGCGUGGCAGGUCAGAGAAGGAGAAGCUGAAGAAAGCUGAGCUGGAGGAGGCGACGGUCAUGCACGGAGAGCGAGUCUGAAGCCCCCCGCUUUCUCUGCCCUCCAUGCCCCCCCCUCCCGGGGCGGGGAGGCUGGUUCUUUGGACUGCUGCGUGAGAGAGACGGCUGCCGCCACCAAGCCACGGUGCCCCACGCAUUUUGGCAGGGGGUGACAUGACUCUCCAGAGGCCUGCCUUUUCCAGAAGGACUUCCGUCGACUUGGGAGCAAGGGGGACACCCCCGAACUGCAGAGGACAGUCUCACGUUGGCGGUUGAGGCAGCCGAGUUUCAGGAGGCCGGGUUUGUCCCAGGCCCCGAGCCAGGAUUUUGCGGCUUGUGGGGCAAAUGUCUUUCCUGGUGGGGCUGAAGUUCUCAGUGCAGAAAGAAAAGCCAUUCGGCCAAUAGAAAGCUGUUAGCAGGAUAGAUCUCUCAAGGGCAAGCUGUCAGCCACUUUAGAGGACACUUCUCAGCUGCUGCAAGUCAAUCAC